GCGCAGUCUGCCCGCUCUCGCAGUGUGUUGUUGCCUUUACUCGCCGGAGCCCGCGCGCGACUCACGCUUGUCCCCGCUCGUACACACGACACGAUCAUAAAUAAAAUAUAUUCCAAAUUCAAAAAUCGAAAAAGUAAAACUAUCCGUGGUCUCAGUUUGAAGAUGAAAAAGAGUUUGCAGCCGUAAAGUUUAUAUAUCUCCGCGUUAUCGAAAUUACACGCAUGUCAAUUUGGUAGCUGUUCGUUGAUUGCAGAAUCGAAAAGUUCCAGGUGCAUGCAGAGUAUACCGUGAAGAUGCGUGUGACGUUGUGUGUGAUACUCAUCACGGCCUGCGCACUCGCAGACACCGUUGAAGAAAGGCGUUCCAAACUCCCAUUCGUUGCCGAUGCAGUGGGCAAUACAUUACCACCGCCUUCAAAUGUACCAGCUACAGUCGGCAGCCCCAUCAAUCUCCUCACUCCAGACCGUUACGAGUUUUACACUUUCGAUGAAUCUGGAGAGCUGGUCAAAAGACUCAUGACUUUGGAGGAAAUACAGGCUAUUGUUGCAGCGGGUGAAGAAUCAGAAGGACUUGUCACAUUUGCCAAUGAUGAUCAGCCUACCAUUGCAUUCAAUAUUAGCCAACCACCUCAUACUAAAGUGCAUAGCGUUGUGACCAACGUGCAAAAUGUUCUUAAAGCGCAAAUGGAAGCUCAUAAAAUGAAGCCGUUUGUUCAACCCACAUUAGACACACCUGAUGUUUCUGACACGUGGAGUUUAAUAUUACCUUCAAUAUUCGGGAAUACUGGUGCUGAUAUUGUUCCUGAUAAAGCAACUACUACUUAUACAACCCCAGAAACAGAAACUAUAGAAAUAGCUCAGAAUGAUUAUGUUGAUAACUCGCUUACUAAAGAGGAAGGUAAUGCUGCUAAUGUAACUACAUUGCAAGAGAAAAAGAAGGAACCUGUCUUAGAAGAAUCACCUUCUGAAACUGCAGAAGUAAAGGAUACAUCAACCUCAACGGUAGAAGUUACACCGACGGUACCUGUAAUUAUUAGUACAACGGAAAAAAUAACUUAUCCUCCAUCCACUACAACAACUACAAAGAAACCAGAAGUUUCGUCAACUAUGAAAGUAACGCAAAAACCAGCGACUACAACAAUUAAAACUCAAUCUACAACAACUUUUAAACCAACGACCCAAACAUCUACUACACCUGUUAUCCAAAAAUCUACAGCUCAAGUAACAUCCACUACAACCCCAAAAGUAACUACCAUCAAACAGUCACCAUCAACAAUUAUAUCUACCACAAAGGCUCAGAGUAUCGUUACUGCUAAACCCGUUUUUAAUAAUGUUCAAGAUAAUAUCGUUACUAGUACUGAGAAAAAUGAAGUAAUUUUUGAAAAAAUAAGCACUUUUGUUCCUGUUUCAACCGUCAAAUAUGUUACUGAAAGAACCACGCACCAACCAAUAGUUAUAACAACAAAACAAUCAACGGAUAAAAUUGCAUCACCAACUUCUAAGCCAAUAAUUAGUACGCCAACCUUUGUUUCGUCUACUGUCAUUGAUAAUGAUUUAGAUAAGAUCAAUACUACUACUAUAACGACACAAUCCGUAUCCCCCUCAACAACCAUAUCGUCAACAGAAAUUGUAGUACCCGAAAUUCCUAAUCUCCUCAGUAAUUUUAUGGGAGAUACAGAAAAUAAAGAUGCACCACCAAUUCCAUUAUUCGAUGUUGCUCAAAGCAUUAGCCAAAUAGCUUCUGAUUUAGGUGGUAAUUACAGACCUAUUCCCACUGCUACCAGUUUAUUAGAUGUCACAAAAGUUAAUGACGAUUUAGAAAGCAAAGAAGAUUUUGACAUGGAUAUGCCGACAGCCAUCGAAACUACCUCUGACACAAAAGGCUUAAAUUCUACCGAUGAAAAUAUUGAUAACUUCGUUAAAAUAUCAACUUUAGAUCCACACCCUGAGAAAGAAAAAGCAGCCGAGAAAGAAUUAAUUAAAGUUAACAAAAUUAAAAUCACUACAGAAGCUGUAGAAAAAAUAGAAAUCACAACAUCUGCUCCAGAAGGUACUACCAUAGAUCCUAUUUUAAAUGAAUCAAUGGGAGACUUACUUUCUCAGGUAGUUAACGAAGCUCCGCAGUCAAUUGUGGAUUCGGAAAAAAUCACCGAAGAAAAUAUUGAAAUACAAACAACAGAGCAUGUUACAGAAACUACAACUGCAGUAAAUUUAGAAAUUACUACUGCUUCUGUUAAAAUAAACGACGAAAUCUUCACAACCACUGAACAAAUUAUUGAAGAAGAUACAACUACCACAAGGGUCGAUACAACAACCGAUAAUAAUCUCUUGGUUAAUGAUAUAAAAGAGUUUCAAUCUUUACAUGAUGUUACUACAGUUGCUUCUCCAGAGUUCGCGAAUAAUAAAAAUAAAGAAUAUUUCGUUGAAAUUUCCAAAUCCGAAAAUAAAAAUACUUCUAAUACUGAGGACAAUUAUGAUACAACUAAAAACGGAAACAAAACUAUUGAAACAAACUUAGAUAAAAACAAUCAUGAAAAGGUAGACAAAAUAAGACUAGAAAAUAAAUUUAAAGAUGAAACUAAAAAUGAAAUUCCCCCGGUAGAGAUUACUACUAUUAAGAUAGAUCAAUCAACAACCUCAUCAAUAAAUGUAGAUAAUAAAAUAAAUGCUACCCGAAAUGAGAUACGCACUGAAGUGUUGAAUAAUAAUAAAGAAAAAGAAUCAAACACAAAUAAAACUGAUAACACUCCUAAUUUUGUUCCCAAAAUAGAAGAAUUUAAGAAAAAGAUUCAGAAAGUAAAUAUUGCCGAUGAGGAAUUAGCAAACGAACGUAACAAUUCUUGGAAGCUUAUUUCAACAGUCUCGCCGCCAAGAGGAAAUGAAAUUCCAAAUGAUAAAGUUAAAUCCGAAAACCACUAUGUAGGUCAAAGUAAUGAAAACAAAGAUAUUGUCUUAGAAUUUUCCAAAGAAAAUCAAGGACUAGAAGUUACGACUAAAGAUUUAGGGGAAGAUAUUGCCCAAUUUACUGAACUGUGCAAUGAACUAGCAUUUAGAUAUUGGAGUGUGUUGGUGGAAAAUAUUGACAAAAAGAGAAGCUUUGUUUUAUCUCCUUACUCUAUAACUUCUAUGCUCGCUAUGAUGUUUAUGGGAGCCAGAGGCGCUACGUCGGGCGAAAUGAACGAAAUACUUAAAUUAGACGACAUGGUGACUUUCAAUCCUCAUUUCACAUUAAAGAACAUAUCUGAUUCAAUUGAAACAACCCCAGAAUCUGGUGUGAUUGUGUCUGCUUUUAUCAGAGAACUUUACAGUGACAGGAAUAGGGGUAAGAUUCUAACUUUUUACAAAGAAAGGGCCCAACAUUUCUACAAUGGACAUGUGGAGGAAAUAAAUUUCAAAUUAAUUAGUGACAUUAUUCGAAGAAGGACAAACUUGCUUGUAAAACGGUAUACAUGGGGUAAAAUAGCUGAGUACAUGAAAAUUAACACAAUUGUUAUGCAGCCACCACUCGCCGCCUUCUCUGCUAACAUCUUCCAGUCUGACUGCACAGGAUCAUCAGUAGAUGGCAGAGACGGAGAGAUGUACUUUGUUGUGUCACCUAACGUACGUCAGCGAAGAUUGGUACCUGUGCCAGCAGUGGUCUAUAAGAAGGGAUUUUUGGCAGGCUAUGAUCCUGUUCUCGACGCGACAGCAUCUGCUAUAGGAAGCACUAACUCCGUUAUUAGUACUUUGUUCCUCAUGCCCGGCCAACAAGGAAAUGUAGUCCACGCCGAAGAUUUAGAACGACUUGAACGAAGACUGUUAGAUGCAGUACCAAGCACACCCACGUGGAAUCGUCUGUUAAGAACUUUACUACCACGCGUCGGUCUAGAACUCCAAAUACCAAGAUUUUCUCAUAAAUCCGUCUUCAAUGUGUCAUCUUCACUUAGGAAAAUGGGAUUGAAAGACUUAUUUGACGCAGAGCACGCGGAUUUAGCAGGUCUUAAUGGUCCUUCUAAAGAUUUGUUCCUGUCAGAUAUGAUCCAGAUGACCACGUUCGUGACAUGUGGUGAAGGAGUUAUUGGAGAACAACACCACAUCGAAGAGUACCCAGAAAGUGUACCAUCGACUCAAAAACGCCGUACAUCAAGAUGGGCGAAUUAUUGGGAUGAGCCCAGAGAUUACCAGAGGGCUUUCCACGACCCUCACGAUGUCGGUGAAGCUAUGCUGCUUCCGCUGCAUCUCAGGCCAAGACAGGCGCGUUUGCCUACGCGUUCCGCUCAACCAGCCAGAUUAAAAUACGACAGACCGUUCCUAUUCUUCGUGAGGCACAACCCUACAGGCAUGAUUCUAUACGCGGGCCGAUACAACCCACGACUUCUGCCAUGAAGGCAAUAAAAGACUGUUAUAUUAGUUUAAUUGGACAUUCCUAAAAGGAAAGUGAUAGGGAUACUGGUGCGUGUGAUAAUUACGGAAGCUAUUGAGCAUUUACGUGACAGUAUUAGUUAAGUGGAAGGUACGAAGUUAGUGUGGAUGACGGUGCAACAGGGAUUCUAGCAAUAUUAUCAAAGUAGAAGUUUUAUGACAGUCUAGUAACGCAACCUUUAGUUAAAUUAAUACUCAUUACUUAGCACUGUGGACUAGUAUUCGUACGUAGUAGUAGAUCCCGCUUGCAUCGUCAAAGGUACCUCUAUCCCGGCAUCAUAUCGAUUGUAUUAUAAAAGAAUUUAAAACAUGUUGAUUAAGUUUUAUUUGUAUGGUAAUAGUGUGGUAAUAGUUAAGUCUUAGUUGUGCAUUUUGUGAAGAGAUCUGUUUCGAUUGUUUGAUUAAUCACCUUUACAAAGAUUUCUUCGCAAAAUGAACGUUAGUACGGAGAAAUUAUGUCAUAUUUCCAUAGAGUUUAAUAUUAGAAUAAAGAAUAAUUCGCCUAAA